AAUCGUUUCCGAUAAGAGCAAAAACAGAGAUUUUAUUUUUCAGAUUCACCACACAGUGAAAUAUUUGAUAAAGAUAUGGGAGGAACGUAACCAGAUGCAGCAGAGCAAAAUGGAUUACAACUUCCACCCCCCUCCAUGUUCUGAGGGCAGGUGCAGGGACCUGACGAAUGAUUUUAUUUUUAUCGUCCUUGUCCCGGUUGUUUUGGUCUUGGUUGUUGCUGUCAUUCUCGCCGUAUUGCUGCUUCGGAAAAAGUCUGAAAGAGUAGAAUGUUCAGAAGAAAAUGGUGUUCAACUGGCACGGUACAACUCAAUUCGCCGAGCGUCACAGAACAUCAGGGAGCUGUCCAAUCACAGGGACUCCAUGCUCUCGACAAGCAGAAGUGGUUCUAUGUCGUUUAUGGAGACAGAGAGGCCCCAGAGAGGAAUUCGGCCAUCAAGAAACUCGGCCUACUCUGCGCCCUCUACCCUCCAGAGGGAAAGAAGACAGACAUCCUCUGAUGAAAGAAUGACUUUUCCUCCCACCUAUACAGAACUGUUCUCAACCUCUGUACACCCUCCCCGAGAAAAUCAGACUGAUCGAUCUAGUCUUCAAGUUCCUGUGGUGUAUUAUCAACCUAAUAUAGAAGAAAGGGUCCUCAUCCAGACCCCAUAGACGAAGAAUCUCUUGGAUCCCCCCCCCCCCCCCCCAAAAAAAAACAGUUACAGAGACAUGAAGAUUCAUGUUUUUUAAUUGACGAGUUCAGUAAUUUUGUGACAAUGAAUGCCACACCAACAGAGCAGUUUUACUCUAGAAAAAUGUAAUAAGAAUCACAAUUUGAUUGCCUGUAGACCGAGGCUGAAUAUUCCCUGUGGUUUGUAAUACUUUGAUUUAUAACUUUUACAUAAAAUAUUGGGGAACACAGGCCAGGAGCUUACUGUGGAUGUAAAUGCUUUUUCUGUCGCCAAAUAACAUGUGCAGUAUUAAAAGUAGGAUAUUUCUUCUCUUUUCAUAAUGGUGCUCUUAUGUUGAAAUACUCAGUACUUUUACAAUAUUUUUGAUUUGUAUGAUAUUUACAUGAAUAUUUUUGACACUUAUGAUGACAUAUGAAGGUUAUUCCAAUUGUGAUGUCAUAGUAACAGUGGCAUUGUUGAUCAUUGCUCUCAUUCUGAAGUUACUCUGUCUUUUUUAAAACAUGAUUUGAAAAAUAUAUUUGUAUGGCCAGUAUGGGUCUCAUUCUUAUCUAACCUUUCACACUCGAAUCUUUCACAUCUGUCGAUUCCGUAGCAACCCUCUUUUGCUCUCUUACAGAUGCUGGUACCCGCUGCUGUGGCGACUCUGUCACUCUCUUACAGAUACUGGUACCCGCUGCUGUGGUGACUCUCUGUCACGUACUCUAUUACAGAUGCUGGUACCCGCUGCUGUGGCAACUCUCUGUCACUCUCUUACAGAUGCUGGUACCCGCUGCUGUGGUGACUCUGUUGCUCUCUAACAGAUGCUGGUACCCACUGCUGUGGCGACUCUGUCGCUCUCUUACAGAUGCUGGUACCCGCUGCUGUGGUGACUCUCUGUCGCUCUCUUACAGAUGCUGGUACCUGCUGCUGUGGCGACUCUGUCGCUCUCUUACAGAUACUGGUACCCGCUGCUGUGGCGACUCUCUGUCACUCUCUUACAGGUGCUGGUACCCGCUGUUUGCAGGUGUCCUGUUCGCUCUCUAUCACUUGAAGUCUGGAUAUUUCAUUUCCUUCAACUCUUAAUGAUAAAUUUGUGCAAUUCUACCCUGUAUUUUAUUAUUAGAUAUACUGGAUUCUCGAACUAGCAAGAAAUUAACUUUGUGUUGGUUAUGAUGAAAGAACUGUAAUGAAUUAAUACGGAAUAUAGCAAUGCCCAGCUUCAACAGUUUUACAACAAACAACACAACUCUAUUUACAGAAUUUUAACCAUGCAUACACAUGCAUUUAGUAAUGACAAUUACUUUUGGACCAACCUUCAUAUGCUUGCUUUACAUUAACUGUGCCAAACUAAUAUAAAAAUUUAAAGCAUUAUAAGUGUUUUCACAGUCUAAGACGAGUACAACACAGUUUACCAUUGUUGUACUUAAAUCAUUUGUUAAGGACGAAGGAUUAAAGUACAGUUACAUGCCAUUUCAGUUUACAAGAAGAAAAAACACUUGAAAUAAUUUUCUUCCAUCAUCUUUUCUUGUCCAGUUUUUGCUUAAAUUUUCACCAUUACAGCCUGAAAUGUUAGCAGUUUCUGACAAAAUACUGAUUUGAUUAUCUGAUUGCAGACAUCUGACAAAUUGAUCUUUUACAAUUGAAUAGAAAGUACUUUUGUAUAAUGUUGUAAAUUUUAGUUUAUUUGGGUGAGUACGUAAACAUAUCAUUUCUCGACAGUCAGUAUGCCAAAAUACUGUUGACAUUUCUAAGGUUAAUGAUCAGAAUUUUAAAUGAAAAUGAAUCAAGUACCACUACAGAAAUUAUUUGUUUUUUGAAAAAAAAAAGUUUAUUUCUGAGAUAAAUGACAUGGAAGAAUGCAUUUAUUGUGGUCUCUGAUCUGGCACUGUACAGGUGUGUAUUACAUGUAUAUCAUAGCUUAAUUCUAUAUUUAACUGUGUUAAUGAUAGAUGCACUGCAUGAGUAUGAUUAAAUGGAGAUUAUGAAAAAGAAAUUGUGGAUUUUGAACCCAAAAUGAUGAAGUAUUUUUAUGCCUCCGCAGUCGGAGAUUUGGAUGCUUAUAGCUUUUGGUCUGUCUGUCUGUUUGUUUGCAGAAACUUUAACCAUAGGAAACUUUUGAAUGACUAUUGAUUGGGCUUUCAUAUGUCAUAUAUGUAUUCCUUGUGACAAGACCUUUUGGUACCAAAGUGUUUGACCUUGUGACCUUCACCUUGGAGUUUGACCUACUUUAGAAAACCAUAACUUUAGAAUGGUUAGUGAUAGGGCUUUCAUAUUUCUCAUUUGUAUUUCUCUUGACAAAGCCUUUCUGUAGGUAACAAUUUUUAUUACCACAUGACUUUGACCAACUUUUGAAAAUCUUUUAACCUAGGUCAUAACUUCUGAAUGGUUAGUGAUAUUAGACCUUUUAUAUUUCACAUGUGUAUUCCUUGUGAUAAGACCUUUCUUUGGGUACCACCGUACCACAAUUAUUUUGCUGCCUUAAGGGGGAGGGGGGGGGAGUAUUUCACAUUUAUCAAUUUGUCACGAGAUAUUUGCUGAUCUGUGUGGUAUGUAAUCAAAGUUAGAUUUUAUUUAUAUUUAUAGAUUUAUGUUGUGAAAUAAAUUUUUGGAAUAAAAAAUUGUGUUCA